CACCACCACGUACGCAUCAUCGCCGCCCCCUCCGCCCCGCCAGUAGCGUCGACCGGCCGUCCAAUGUCCCAGCCCACGGCUCCUCGCUCGUAACCGCCCAUCCCCCUGCGCACCGCGUCCCGCGCCGCUCCUUUCGCCGUCGCAGCCAGCCGCCCCGGCGCUCCGCAGCGCUCCGCAGCAUGGCGACGCUGAACAUGCUGGCGGGCCGCCUCGCCCGCCGCCCUGGGCGCAUUCUGUUCCUCGUCGCCGUCUUCUUCUUCUUUGCCUACACGCUCAGGGGCCGCGCCCCUAGCGCGCCGCACCCCGUCCACCACGCCAAGACCAAGUCGUUCUUCCCACCGCUCGAGCAGAAGAGCGCCAACAGCAUCGAGCUCGACUACUGCCAGAACUUCCCGGCCGACCUGCUGAGCGAGGUGCAGGUCGUGCUCAAGGUCGCCGCCGGCGAGACGGCUGUCAACAAGGCCCACCUCAGCACCGUCACGAGCUGCAUCUCCAACCUCAUCAUCGUCAGCGAGGCCGAGGACCGCCUGGGCGACCGCCACGUCGUCGACAUCCUGGCCGAGCUGCCCAAGAGCUACGAGGUCAGCAACCUGGACUUCCAGGCCUACAUCAACCACAAGAAGGCCCACUCGGAGGGUGAGACGCGCCAGGAGUCGCAGCGCAGCUUCAAGCUGGACCGCUUCAAGUACCUGCCCAUGGUCGACAAGGCCUACAUGACCAGCCCCAAGGCCAAGUGGUACGUCUUUCUCGAAUCGGACGUCUACUUCUUCUGGGACACGCUAUUCCGCCUGCUUAGCCAGCUCGACCCCACCGAGCCGCACUACCUGGGAGCCCCGCACAAGGGCAGCGAGGGCCGCUGGUUCGCUUAUGGCGGCGCCGGCUUCGUCAUGUCCAACGGGCUGAUGAAACAGCUGAUCCCCGUAAAAACCCCGGGCUCAACUGAGAUUCCCCGCGAGAACCGCCUGAGCGUGCGCUUUGAGAGCUGGGUCAAAGAGGAGGCUCGCGGUGACGCUGUGCUCGCGUAUGCCAUUCAGAACGUCACGGGCCACCGACUGGAGGCUCUUGAUCCCACCUUCACCAGCGACGAGCUGCGGAAAAUUACAACCUACCGGGACCGCUGGUGUGUGCCACUGCUCUCGCUACACCAACUGUCGCCUGAGCAGAUGGAGAAGCUUUGGAAGUGGGAGCGCACACGACCUUAUAAUUUGAAACCGUUCACCUAUUCCUCCCUCCUCUCCUAUACCCACUCCUUUCUCGCAAACGGUCCCUCUCGCGAGUGGUGGGACAACCUCUCCGAGGCACCCGUACCCAACGACCGCCCUGCCCACCGCAACGCCGGCAUGUGCGGCUCCGAGUGCCAUAAUGACCCGAACUGUUUACAGUGGUCUUUCUCCCAAACUGUGUGCCGCCAUUCAAAUUACAUCAGAUUGGGUGACGGGGUUGACAAGGAGAACGGCGGUCAGGGCGAGUUUGUGAGUGGUUGGGACGCCGAGAAGUUUCGCGACAUGGGCUUUGGAGCCUCGAAUGAGAGGGGCGAAAGGAUGUUCUACGAGGGCUGCGACGAGGCCACAUGGCUUAGCCCAAGAAUGCUGUAGAACGGCCGCAUUGUACUGCAUACCGCGAUACGACUUUCGGAUCACGCGCACAGGAUAGCGCACACGCUUUUGUUUGAGUAAGACCAGGACGAUGGUUCCGAUGGCGUUGUGAUGGAUCGAUUAUGCAUGGCGUUCUGGAUACA